ACGCCCUUUGUUAUUUCUCCCUAGAGAGAGAGACGAACGAUUGAUCCACCCACCGUUGAUUUCCUUCCUCCCUUUCCCUUCCACCUUUCGGUCAGGCUGAGAGAUUCCCGUCCGAAGAAGAAGAAGAAAGGUUUGUUCUCUGAUCUCUUCUUCCCGCCUCUCUGAAUCCCUCGCUGUAAUCUCCUGUCUCCGUAAGAAGAAGAAGGAAGCCAGAAAUCUCAUCUUGUUCUCCUCUUUUGGUUGAUUCAGCCAAAAAAAAAGAGUGAAGCCUUGGGAGAUCUUUCCUCCUUUUGCUUCUUUGGGUACCGGAGGUUCCAGAAAGAGAUCCGGAGACUUUUUUCUUCUGGAUUUGGGGUUUUAAUCGACCGGGAGGGUUGUUUUUCAGUGCCCUGUGGUUGUUUUUAGGUUUUAUCUCGCCCUUCUUUGUAGAUCUAAGAGAGGUCAGCAUUUUGAACUAUGCCUCUGGAAGCCCAUUUGCUUGUUCUAUGAUAUUGGAUUCUUUUUAGAUCUUCCCUCUUCUGGUUAUUGUUGAAAGAUCUUGUUCUUCUUCCUGUUUUCAAUUUCUCUCUUGUUUUUCUACUUCUGUUUCUAGUUUUUUUCUAUUGAUUUUGUAUGGCUAGUGCUAUAGAUUUGUACGAUAGACUUCCAGUUACCUCCGCAGAAUUUCUUGACGAGGAGGAGCUCAUGACAGCGCUUGAGCCUUUUAUGACGAGUGCGUCUUCCUCCUCCCUCUCCCCGUCUUCUUCCCCGUCUUCUUCCAUUCUCAGCCACUCCUCUCCCUCUCACCUCCCUUCCUCUCUUUCUCCUACUCCUUUACUUUCCUCCUCUCUUCUCUCAAGCUCCUCGCUUCAGAGUCCGAGCUUAAACUGCUGCUCUUAUCUAAGUCCUGCCUCACAAAGUACGGCCUCGGAUGGCUUCUCGUCAUCGUCAUCAGUCGCCGAGAUGAUCCCCGAAAGCUUCCUUCCUUUGGACCGGCUUGGCGUCGGUAGUACCGGCCCGAUCGGGCUCACCCACAUCACUCCUGCCCAGAUCCAGCAGAUCCAGGUCCAAUUAUUUCUCCAGCAGCAGCAGAGCCUCCUUGCAGCGAGGUCGUUGCCGCAUCACCCCCACCACCAGCAAGCUGCGAGCUUUCUCGGCCCUCGGCCCCAGCCGAUGAAGUACGCCGGUUCCACCGCCGCGUCGAAGCCCACUAAGCUCUACCGUGGGGUGCGGCAGCGACACUGGGGCAAGUGGGUGGCUGAGAUUCGGUUGCCCAAGAACCGGACGCGCCUCUGGCUAGGAACCUUCGACACCGCCGACGAGGCUGCGCUGGCAUACGACAUGGCUGCCUACAAGCUCCGCGGGGACCUAGCCAGGCUUAACUUCCCCAACAUCUGCCACGCCGCCGCUGCCACAACCCCCAGUCCCCUGCAUUCCACCGUCGUUUCCAAGCUUCAAACGCUAUAUCAAAGUUUGGCCAAUUCAUCCAAAAAAGGUAACUGUGUGCCUCCUAGCAAUACCACCGCCCUCAAGCCCAGUCCGGAGGCCGUCACAGUUGACACCGCCGAUGAGGCACCUAUGGCGGCGGCGGCUGCGGCUGCUAAGGGCGACUUGGGCAGCUCGGCCUUGGAAGACAAGUCAGACGUCUCGUCAGAGGGCGAGGGCUCUUCGUUGGGGUCGUUGCCGGUGCCUGAAAUGCAGCAUUUGGAUUUUAACGAGGUGCCUUGGGACGAAUCCGAGAACUUUAUGCUGAGAAAGUAUCCAUCUUGGGAGAUAGACUGGGAUUCCAUCCUCUCCUCAAGCAAUUAGUCCUUUGUGUCGGUUCUAGUCUUGUAGUCAUUUCCGAUGGCUGCUGCAAAUGGGGUUUUAGACAUUUGCAGGGCUGCAACAGAUGUUCUUAGUCUUCUGCAGUACAAGUCCACAAGAGUCAUUCAGGAUCUGUGUGAGUCUGUAGUGUCUUCUCUAGUUUCGACGGCCUGCUAGUUUCUGCUGGUUGUUUUUUUCUCAGCAGUGCUAGUGAGGAAGAGUAUUGUCAUAUUAUGCAGCUGUAAGUGUUAUGUUUAUAGUGUCAAUCUUGGUUUCUCA